GGGGCAGGGUGAGCAGGGCUGCCACUGCUGCAGCCAGACACAGGCCGCCACUGGCCUGGCUCUGCUCUGGAUCUUUUAAGGACCUAGCAACACCUCUGCCAAGGAGAAUGCAGUACUGUCAUGCAAAAUCUGGUAUCAGCAGGUGGGAAUGGCAUUUUGAUCAGUCGCGCCUCGGUGUCAAAAACUCUCUGCAAGUGGAAAAGUAGGCGGCUUGGACUACUACCACGUUGCUACGGACAGCCUGGAGGGCCGCAAUGUCAACCUGAAGCGUUUCUUUCGCUGGUAUAGCAGGGAAGUUUUGUCCUGAACAUGCCCGGGUUCACCCUCCGGCCCGGCCUGAGACUUAUGUCCGCGCGUGGAAGGGGCCUGCGCGCGCUAGGCGAGGCCCUCAAAGCCGUUAGGCGCCCGCACCGUCUCUGGCGCCCGCGGAGGGGGACGGGGGCGAGCGCGCAAAGAAGCGAGAUGCCGCCGCGCGGUUGCCGCACGGACUGUGCGGAGCGGCUCCUGUCGCGGGCGCUGCGGGCCCUCGGCGCCUUGGUGGGCGCCCACCCGUGGCCCUUCCUGCUGGUGCCCUUGGUGGUCACGGUCGCGCUGGGCGCCGGCUUCGUCUUCCUGGGCAAACGAGCCACGACCAAUGACCGCGAGGGGCAGUUCACGCCGUACGGGGGCCCGGCCAAGAGAGAGCGCCGCUUCGUCCAGAAACGCUUCCGGACCAACGACCGCGAGCACUUCUCCGCCCAGAGGCUGACCACCGAGGGCGCCUACGCCACCCUCAUGGCCGUGGCCGCCCCCGGAGACUCGCUCCUCACCGCGCAGGCUUUCGCCGAGCUGCAGAAGCUGGACGCGGCGGUGCGGGGGCUGCAGGCGGGCGGGCUCUCCUUCGCCCAGCUCUGCGCCCGCAGCAACCGCACCUGCGUCAGCCCCAACCCGCUCCUCAGCCUCGCGCAGAGCUUCCCGGGGGGCAUCGAGGCGCUGCUGCCCCGCCUCACCUUCCCGCUCUUCCAGGGCCGGGUUUUCCUGGCCCCUUUCCUGGGGGGCGUCAAGCUGCGCCCGGGAGAUGAGCAGGCGCGCCCCGUCGAAGCAGCCAAAGCGCUGCGCCUUGUCUAUUAUUUGCAGGAGGACCAGCCUCAGCAGCGGAAGAAGAGCAAUCGCUGGGUGGAGACUUUCCUGGAGCGCAUCCCCGACCUGCUGGCCUCCUUGAACCUCGCCUCCAUUCGGGUGGCUUAUUUUUCCUCGCAGUCACGACAGCAAGAGUAUGACGAAGUUAUGAAAACUCUGGUCCCAUUGUUUAUUGCUGCAUACAUCUUAAUAAUAACCUAUUCAGUUGUAUCAUGUUUAAGACUAGACUGUGUACGGACAAAAGUGUGGGUUGCAGUAUUUGGAGUGCUGUCAUCAGGCUUAUCUGUGCUCAGCAGCUUUGGAUUAUUGUUCUAUUGUGGGGUGCCAUUUGUUGUCACAGCUGCAAAUGCACCAUUUAUUAUACUUGGGGUAGGUAUUGACGAUAUGUUCAUUCUCGUGUCCUGCUGGCAGCGGACAAAAGUGAAGGACACUGUUGAAAAUCGGAUGGCUGACACUUAUGCAGAGGCAGCUGUGUCCGUUACUAUUACGACCCUUACGGAUGUUUUAGCCUUCUACAUUGGAACUGCAAGUGCAUUUCCAGCAAUUACAUCAUUUUGCAUCUAUACAGGCACAGCCUUCAUUUUCUGCUACCUCUAUAACCUCACAUUCCUUGGGGCUAUCCUUGCUCUAAAUGGUAAAAGAGAAGAAAGCAACAGACAUUGGCUUACAUUUAUGAAGGUGGAAUAUGAGAUUCAGCAUUCUCACGGCUAUUUGUAUAACAGGUGUUGCACUGGAGGAUAUUUUGAUGAGGUCACUGGAGCAGAGCUUGAACAUCCCAUGAAUAUAUUCUUUGGAAAAUAUUAUGGUCCUUUCCUUAUGCACACUUGGUCCAAGGUGUUGGUUGUGCUCCUAUACCUCCUGUACCUGGGUGGUAGUAUUUAUGGAUGCACCCAGAUUGAAGAAGGUAUAGAUGUUCGAAAUCUAGUUAAUGAUUAUUCUUAUGUCAUUCAGUAUUAUAACUGGAACAAUGAAUAUUUUUAUGAGUAUGGGCCAAGGGUUAUGGUAGUCGUUACUAAAAGCAUACACUACUGGGAUUCAUCUGUUCGUGCAGACCUUGAAGACUGUAUGAAGUCAGUGGAAAGUUCAUCCUAUGUCCACGACACUUUCUCAGUGUCAUGGCUGAGAACUUAUGAAGCUGCUGCUAAAGGCAUGUCCCUAAAUAUAGAUGACCGUGAUGCUUUCAUUGGUAGUUUAUCUGCUCUAUUUCAAAUUAAUGCAGAGUUCCAGUGGGAUAUUAGUUUUAGUGCCACGGAAAUAUAUGCUUCGCGUUUUUAUGUACAGACAAUCAAUGUUACUACUGCGGUUGAUGAGAGACAUCUUUUAAACGAACUACGAGACUUUGCUAAAAAGUGUAAGGUGCCAUUACUGGUUUAUAAUCCAGCUUUUAUAUACUUUGAUCAGUACCUUGUGAUAGUUUGGAACACCAUUCAGAAUGUUCUUAUUGCUUCUGGAGCUAUGCUAUUUGUUUCCUUGCUGUUCAUUCCAAAUCCUGUAUGCUCUUUAUGGGUAACGUUUGGUAUUGCAUCUGCUAUUGUCGGUGUGACUGGUUUUAUGGCACUUUGGAAGGUCCGUCUUGACUUUGUGUCCAUGAUCUGCCUGGUUAUUUGCAUAGGGUUCUCAGUAGACUUCUCUGCUCAUAUUUCUUAUGCUUUUGUAUCCAGUGAGAAACCAGAAGUGAAUGACAAGGCAGUGGAUGCUCUUUACCGACUUGGUAGUCCUAUUGUACAGGGAGCUGUUUCCACUGUCGUGGGAGUUCUAGUGCUGUCUAUGGCAACGACUUACCUCUUCAGAACCUUUUUUAAGAUAAUGUUUAUGGUUAUUUUGUUUGGAGCUGCUCAUGGUCUAAUGUUUAUUCCUGUGUUUUUAACGUUCUUUGAGGUUUGUGUUAGAUUUCCAAAAGCAAAAGUAGAAAUACAAGAAUAGUAAUAAAAAAGAAUACUACAAAAACUCCCCUAGUGUUAAUAUUUCCUUUAUGAAAUUGUCUGCUUAAGAAACAACUACCUUCACUUUUUUAUAACAUUUUAAAAAUUAUUAAAUCAUUCUUAUACAAAUAAAUAAUGCAUAUGCAAUUUCCAAUAAGCCAAAAAGUAUUUCCAGCGAGGGAAAAUACAUAAAAACAGCAACCUUCACUUUAAUGGGAUGUAGAUUGCCCAAGAUGGCUCCAUUACACAUGGAAGCCACGAGGUCUAAGAGUUAAACUGGAUGUUGCGUAAUUAUGUGCAUUUUUUGACUUUGCAUAUGUGUGUGUUUGUUAAUUUCAAUAGCAGCUACUAUUAUGGUCAAAUUGACCUUUUAUAUCUGUAAAUGGUAUUUUAAGCCUUUUCCCAUCUCCAUGAGUAAUCCUCAGUUUUGCAGUGUUGGCUUAAGAUGACAGAGGUGAGUGUAUGUUAUUGUAAAUAAUUGCUUUGUGGGGCCUCAAUCCAGAUUGGAACAGGGGUGUGGGGUGGUGCUUUAACCCUUUGUUCCUGCUGAAGUCUUUCCCAAUUGGGGUCACCCACUCCUCGUAACUGCUCCUCCUGUCCAAGAGAAAAACACUCACUGGUGCUGUGGGAGUUUUCCUUUCAGUGCCAACUGUGGGGAAACUUGAUUCAGAUCAGGAUUGCAACUGGGUAAAAACAUCAGCCACAGUAUCUAUUUGGUUUGGGCCUCUGUGUUGUUGGUGCUCCGGGAUGUUAACUCCAUCACUACAAAAUUGAGGUUUACUCAUGAAAGACUUCUGUUCCUAUUGGCAGAAGCUUUAAAAAUACCAUAGCAAAACAUUAAAUGUUCAUUUGAGCUCAGUCAGAUUGAAAUACUUGGUCUGAUUUCAGAAAUACCCAGCUUCUAGUUAUUGAUGUUUUAGAAAACUCUUCAAGCAGAAGUUUUGAGUAUACCUUGCGAAUUCAUAUGUACUACUUUAUUUGGCAAGACUGUAAAUAAAAGGCACUUUCAGAGA